AUGGCUUCUGGCGGGGACCAACAGCCAUCCACAUCUGGCAAUCAAAUGGCACCUGGCGCCAGUACUAGUAGCCCACAAAUGGGGGCCAUGCCUUGUGACCCUCAAGCGUUCGCCCAAUUCUUCCGGGCGUUCGAAACCUUUUAUAGACAGUGUAGGCCCGGGGCACUGGGACACCCUGCCCCAGAACCCUCGCAGGAGGUAAUACCAGACACCCCCCUUAACAAUCAGGGGUUGCAGGGAAUUCCAGCAGCCGCGGGGGGCAGUGCCCAGCCAGGAUCCUCUAAUGCUAGUCGUCCUAAUACUCGGGCCCAAGCAGCCAUUAAUAGGAGGACCAACCAGGGUGCCGGAAUUGGUAAGGCUUCGGCUAAAGGGUCCGGAAAAGGGAAGUCUAUGGCCAAAGGGUCUAGUAAUAACGCCUUUUCUCAAGCGGUAGACAUUCCUAGCGUGUUCCAGGAGCAGCAGCCGCAGCACAGCUCUACCGAGGACAGCGCAGGUUCCGGUUUGGAUGAUGAGCACAGGGACCCUCAAAUGGCUCAGCCAGUCGCAAGUGUGAGCCCAGCCAACAUAGAGGCGCAGGGUGGAAAAAGGAAGUCAAAGAAGAAGCACACUUCCUCCAAGAAGAAAAGAAGCAAGCAGUCAGAGACGGAGGACGAAUCAGGUACGUCAUCGUCUGAUUCGGAUAGUGAGGGCCCCUUGGAUGGUUACUGGGGUUUAGGCGAAGGGAAUCACGGGAUCCCACUUUGGGCACACGAAAGGAGAGCCAAUUCUCACCGUAAGACUUUCAACGGGGUCUUGGAUUGGAAAGAUGGGGCGUUGGUCGACGACGUAAAGGUCGCCACCAAUCAGUCCACCGAUUUCAUUUUAGGGAACCAUUUGUCCCAGAAAAAGAGGAAUAAGAUCCUCAAUGGGGAUUACGUUGACAUGUUUACCCUGCUCCCGCCCGCUAAAUUAUUAGGAAAAGGUGAAAGGAGACGAUCCUCCGGUAAGGGGAGGUACAGGACUCCCAGAGCGGAGCGCACAUUUGAGAAUUGGCUGGAUGGGUACCAGGUGUUCAUGGGGGUCGUGUGCGCUGCUUAUCCCCGGCGUUCCAUGGAUUUGGUCGCCUAUCUGGCUCAUGUCAGGCGGGCCCACUCACUAGCAGGGGAGCAGGCCGCUCUAACAUACGACGAGAACUUCCGGAGAAAUGCUUCUCUCCUGCCUUCCACCCGAUGGGACCUUACUGACCCUAACUACUGGGGCGAGGAUGUUAACCCAUACAUCGAAAAGAAAAACCUGGGACCGAAUAAGGCGGGUAAGACGGAGGUCAAGCGACGUCGCCUCUGCUGGGAGUUCAAUAGGGGUUCAUGCUCGAGACCCUCUUGUAAGUACCUUCACGAAUGCGAUCGGUGCUGGGGAAACCACCCCGCCUCAGCGUGCUUCAAAAAUAAGCAGCAGCCCUUUCGUGGAGGCAGGGGGUACUUCCACAACAGUAGAGGUGCCCCCGGAUCCGCCAACCAGGGACCCGGUAACCGUCAGUAA